CUUCUUCGCUAAGCACAAAACACCCACUGUGUGGGCUGAAAGUUUGAUGAGUGAUCUUGCGGCACUCCGUUACGCAACUACUAAGCCAGCAUUUCUGCAGGGUUGUAGACUGUUUGUAAGGAAAUAUGAGGGUAUUGCAGAAAUCAAGAAUGAGCUGAAUUAUAUUCGGCAGCAGUGGUUUCCAAGCUGUGUUUCAAACGUUGACGCGGAUCCCGCUAAUAGUAGCUGGUAUUUUGGGUUCUGUAUUGGUUAUCCUACCGCCAACUGCUCACUGGAGAGUCAUAAUGGAGCUACUGGUGUACUCGUCCCAUACUACUCUCGGUGCAUGAACGAAGAGAACAAGACGACGAGAAGGCGAUUUGUCGGUCUCGACCAUAAGACGGCGGAUAAGAAAGAUUACGCGGCUGGUAUCGCAUGGCUCAAGGAUGCAAAGCUCAUCGAGGUGAAGGGGAGCAGUUUGCAUUAUCAGUUGUUGAUCUCCCCCAAUCGCGGGACGCGAGCCACUGAGUUGAACGAUGCUAAUAUAAAGGAGUUCUUGGGAGUUAUGACGGGAGAAGCUGAGAUUGACACCUUCGAUGAAUGGUGCUCUAUUAGUCGAAGAUUCAUAUGCGUUAAGGUACCAGACCACGCGCGCACCUGGCGAGAUAUGACGUGUUGUUGCGUGUGUUUCUUACGGGAGAAAACAUGCCCACAUGUUCUAGGAGUGGCAUAUAGAUUAAACAGGCUUAGUGCGGAAGAUCGUGAUCGAUAUCCUAUUUGCUCGAAGCAACGCUCUAAAGGACGAAGUAGAAAAAUAGUAGCUGGCCAAUCACUGAGGAGGUCGGCUAGUGAUACGGAGCGAACAAACAGUCGAUUGUUUUAAUGAGUCUCGUGUUGAGAUA